CAUUUUUACAGUUUAAGAAGUUAAAUCUUCAGACUUCAUUUCUCUUAAAAAAAUUUCAACAAAAACAAGAAAAAAGUUAAAACAGUUAUCUCUAUGGUUGUGACAAUCCGUGAGCAUGCAGCUGUAGUAUCCUUCUUUUUGUCAUCUACAAUAGAGAGAAAUAAACAAAGAAACAAUUAAAAGAAUAAGGUAAUUAAAUGGCUGGUGAUCAAGAUAGACAGGUAGAAGAAGAAGAGGAGGAAAGUGACGGAAAGGACUACGUGGAGCCACCACCAGUUCCAUUGUUGCACUUGGCAGAGCUGAAGGAAUGGGCUUUUUACAGAGCUUUAAUUGCGGAAUUUACUGCAACGCUUCUCUUUCUUUAUGUGUCAGUAGCUACUGUUAUCGGCCACAAGGCUCAAAUCUCUCCAUGUGAUGGUGUUGGCAUUCUUGGCAUUGCUUGGGCUUUUGGUGCCAUGAUUUUCGUUCUUGUCUAUUGCACUGCUGGGAUUUCUGGAGGGCACAUCAACCCAGCAGUGACAUUCGGGCUGCUGGUGGCGAGGAAGGUGUCACUGGAUCGUGCAGUUUCUUACAUGAUAUCGCAGUGCCUUGGAGCAAUAUGUGGCGUAGGGUUAGUGAAGGCAUUCAUGGAGCAUGACUAUAUUACACUUGGUGGUGGCGCAAACUCUGUUGCAACUGGUUACUCAAAAGGUGCUGCUUUGGGUGCUGAGAUUGUGGGUACUUUCGUUCUUGUGUACACAGUCUUUUCCGCCACUGAUCCUAAGCGAAAAGCCCGCGACUCCCAUGUUCCUAUACUGGCUCCUUUGCCAAUUGGAUUUGCUGUUUUCGCUGUGCAUUUGGCCACAAUUCCUAUUACUGGUACUGGCAUAAAUCCUGCCAGGAGCCUUGCUGCUGCUAUUAUUUACAACACUCGGAAAGUUUGGGAAGAACAUUGGAUUUUCUGGGUGGGGCCAUUAGUUGGAGCACUACUAGCAGCAGUGUACUACCAGUACGUGAUCAAAGGAGGAGCCAUUAAAUCUUUGGGAUCAUUCCGCAGCAGCAACCUUAUGUGAGGAGACACCCAAUUAUCUAUAAUACUUUUAGUCAUUCGUCUGUUAAUUUAGGAACUUCCUUCAAUCUUAUUGCUGUACUGCUUUGAGUUUAGACAUUUUGGUUCUAAUUUUUAAAGAUCACUCUGCUACUUUCAUCAUCUUUGUAGUAUAGGAAUAAUGCUACAAGUGGUCUGUAAAUUUUAUAUUUAGUUUCAUUUUGAUUAUGUAACUUUUUUUUUUUGCUUCAAUUAGUCAAUCUCUAAUUAUAUUUUAUUUAA